UUCAGGAGACCAAUCUUUUCUGCGGCAAUGAUCAGUUCAGGGAACAGAGAAAAAAUAAAAAAGACAUUAGCUGUUGGGCUGAAUUUUGGAAGAAUAUUUCACAAAAGUGUUUCCAGAUCAUUAAUGUUAUCAAAAUUAAAUAAACAGAUUUUGAAAAGGCAUUAAUUGAUUCAAACUGUGACAGAUAAAAAUAAUUUCAGGAAAAAAUAUAUCAAUGGAAAUAACAUUUGACAGCUUUCAAAUCUACAAACAUUAUUAAAACACAGUGAAACCAACAAUGGAUGAGGCAGCUAGAGAAGUGUUAAGGAAAUGGAAACCAGGGAUAAAGAAAAACCUAAAUUUGGAUGAAGACAUUUUGGAUACUUUGGAGGCAAGGAAUACUCUAAGUGGUGAAAAUGUUGCAAAAAUAAAGACUGAGAGGACAAACUCUGAAAAGAUCUCUAUGUUAUUAUUUAUAUUACAAAGAAAGGGACCAGAUGCAUUUCAAGAUUUUAUUGAUGCUAUCAAUCCUGCAUACAAGUUUCUUGCUGAUAAAUUAAUGGAAAGGUAUCAUGAAGAAGUCAAGAAACUAGACAGAGACUCUGUCAACAGUUCUGAAGGAUCCCUGGAGUCAAUCGAAAAUGCUAAAUCUGAUAUUUGUAGUGCUGCUAAAGAACCAGUUUCUCCAAGCAUGAAGAACCCGUCCAGCUUGCCACAUGUGGAACAAAAUCUUACUCAUACAGUAAACAGGUGAAUUCAUAAAUCAGAAAAUACUCUAAUAAUGAGUUUCAUUCUACUUUGAAAAACAUACAGUGCGGGGAAAAAAAAGAAAUAUACCUGCUUACAACUUCUUUAAGUUCUUGCAUAAAGGCUCUGUAAGGUUUCAAAUCUACUUUAUAUUGACUGGUAGCUUUUAUGACUUAGAACUGUUUCAUCUACUUUGUAUCAUGUAACUCAACCAGAAUCCAUCAUUUUAAGGAUGUAUUGUUUUUAGCAUUUUAUUGAAAUCUAUAUAAUUGAGCCGUGCCAUGAGAAAACCAACAUUGUGGGUUUGCGACCAGCAUGGAUCCUGACCAGACUGCGCGGAUGCUAACAGUUUCUCCAAUUCCAAUAGGCUUUAAAAGCGAACAGCUUUGAUAUUUGUAAUGUAGCAUCGUCUAGUGGUUCUCUACCAAGUUUGUUAAAAUUAUCCCCCUAGGGUCAAAUAUGGCCCCGCCCUGGGGGUCACAUGGUUCAUAUAGACUUAUAUAGGGAAAAGCUUAUAAAACUUCUUGUCAAUAACCUACAACAUUCAAAUUUGGACCACAUGUAUGGUUUUGAGUGGCAAGAUGAACCUUGACAUGAGUUGACCUUGAUUUUGACCUAGUGACCUACUUUCACAUUUCUGUAGCUACAACCUUCAAAUUUGGACCACAUGCAUAGUUUUGUGCACUGAAAUAAACUUUGACUUUGACCUUGACAUUGACCUAGUGACCUACUUUCACAUUUUUGAAGGUACAGGCUUCAAAUUUGUACCACAUGCAUAAUUUCGUGUUCCGAAAUGAAAUCUGACCUUGAUUUUGACCCAGUGACCUACUUUCACAUUUCUCAAGCUACAGCCUUCAAAUUUGGACCACCUGCAUGGUAAUUGUACCGAAACAAACUUUGACCUUUACAUCGAUUUAGUGACCUACUUUCACAUUUUUGAAGGUACAGGCUUCAAAUUUGGACCACAUGCAUAGUUCUGUAUUCCGAAAUAAAAUUUGACCUUGAUUUUGACCUAGUGACCUACUUUCACAUUUCUCAAGCUACAGCCUUCAAAUUUGGACCACAUGCAUGGUUUUGUGUACCGAAACAAACUUUGACCUUUACAUUGACCUAGUGACCUACUUCCACAUUUUUAAAGGUACAGGCUUCAAAUUUGGACCACAUGCAUAGUUUUGUAUUCCGAAAUAAAAUUUGACCUUGAUUUUGACCUAGUGACCUACUUUCACAUUUCUCAAGCAACAGCCUUCAAAUUUGGACCACUUGCAUAGUUUUGUGUACCGAAAUGAACUUUGACCUUAAGAUUGACCUAAUGACCUACUUUCAGAUUUCUGUAGCUAUAGGCUUCAAAUUUAGACCACAUGAAUAGGAUUGUGUACCGAAACAAACUUUGACCUUGAUAUUGACCUAGUGACCUACGUUCACAUUUUUGAAGGAACAGGCUUCAAAUUUGGACCACAUGCAUAGAUUUGUGUUGUGAAGUGAAAUUUGACCUUGAUUUUGAACUAGUGACCUAUUUUCUCAUUUUUCAAGCUACAGCCUUCAAAUUUGGACCACUUGCAUAGUUUUGUGUACCGAAAUAAACUUUGACCUUAAGAUUGACCUAGUGACCUACUUUCAAAUUUCUCAAACUACAGUCUUCAAAAUUGAUGCACAUGCAUAGUUUUGUGUACAAAGAACUUUGUCCUUGAAAUUGAUCUAGUGACCUACUUUCACAUUUCUCAAGUUACAGCUUUCGAAUUUAGACCACAUGCACAGUGUUGUGUACGGAAAUGAAAUUUGACCUUGAGCUAGUCAGUAAGUCUUGAAAUUUGGAACACACAAAAAUGACACAUUGAUAGGUGCCAAGAUCACUCUGUGAUCUCUUGUUUGAUGUUAUUUUCAUGUAAACAUUUCAUAAAGUCGCCAUUUUUAUGAUGCAGCAGUAUUCAGCAUAGAGUUUAACGUUUUAAGUCACUGUGACCAAUUGGUCACUGUGACCCGUUGGUCACUAACCAUUUGGUCAAUUUACCCAAAGUAACCCAUUUUUACUGUUUUGGUGACUUUUGGGUCACUUUCUCUGGAAAACUAUAAAAGGGCCCGAAUUUGGCCAUCUGGAAUCACUUCAGCUCAAGCUUUCAGACCUAAAACCACGUUUGGCUUGUUUCAAUAGAUUUUCAUUAAAAUGAACACUAUGCUGAACAUAGAUUUAAGAAAGUUGCUCUGCAAUCAGAAUUUAUAUUUAUUAAAAGUCAUAGGUCUAUAAAAGCCCCUUUUGAUACAACAUUUAGUAACAUUUCUAUGAGUUUUAUUUGAAAGAUGUAUUUCAUAUUCGUUGCUUAUUUAAAGUAAAGUAAAUUAAUGGAUUUGUCUAAAGUACUGAGAAUAUAAGAGACUAUAUUUUUUCAUAGAAGAAAUUUCUGUUGCUGAACAUUGUCUUUAUAUCCGUGUCCAUAUCUACAACUUAUGGAACGCCAGAUCAGUCAUAAAUAGAUUAAUCUAAAAAGAGAUGUAUAUUAAAUCUUGCAUUUUGUACCUGUAAAAGUGCUCAGUAUUGAUUUGUAAAACAUCUUUAAAGUUCAUUGAAACUCGCUUCGCUACCUGUAAACUAUGGAAAGCCGGAACAGUCUUAAUCUCAUUUGACAAGUUUGCACUUUUACUGGCAGAAUUUAACCAUCAAUAUAUGAAUACAUUUAUUAUCAAGAAGAAUUUGUGACUACAUUUGUUAUCAGUUAGAUGUGCUUGUUUAAUGUGAUGACUUCAUCUGUAUUUCCUGGAGUAUGAUAUAUCAACAUUAAUAAAUUUCAUUAACUGUUAACCUGAGUCUUAUUAGUCUCUCUGGUUUAUUUAGUUUUAUGGUACUCUGAGUCAACCUGGCUAUACCCUAAUUGCCUUUCCGACUAUUGAGUGAAGUUUACCAAGAGUUCUUCAGUACACAUAGCCUACCCAUCUCCGCAACACCCCCGAGUCGUAACAAUAUCAUUAUCAGUACCUGGUAUAAAGGAUUAUUAUUUUUUUUGACAAACAGUUGAUUUUUAUUCUUCUUUUUUUUCACUUGGGCCUAAAAAAAAAAUUGUUUCCAGUGACAUGGCCAAAAAAAUAGGGUAGGUAGGUAGGCAUUUUUUUUUUUUUUUUUUUUUUUUAAACCUAAUACCAUCGUAGUUUCAAACAGGGAGAUUAUAAACCUUAUAAACAUGCAUCCUAUUGUUAUGUUUGAUUUACACCUAAUGUACAAUGACUUUGAUGAUGUUUUAACAAUAUAAAAUGCCAUUUGAUUGUGUAUUUAAAUAUUAUGAAAUAAAUAUUUGCUUUAUGUUUG